GACACUUGUUUUUUGUUGUCUUGAAUGUUUUCUGAAAUUGUCCAAUAUGAUGACAUCACACUCUCUGUUGUGAUGGAAUGACCAUCCAUGGGCCGAUCAUCAUUUUCUUCAGCUGGGGUCGAAAUCAAAACGGGCAGCUGGGACUAGGGCACAAUGAAGACUCAUUGGUACCGCAAAGAGUGGAGGCUUUUGAGUCUCUUGCACAGGGAUGUAAGGUGAAAAUGCUUGCAGCUGGUGCAGAGCACACCGCAGCAGUUACUGAGGAUGGAAAACUCUACGGUUGGGGAUGGGGCAAGUAUGGGAAUCUUGGCCAUGGCGAUCGCCAGGAUAGAAUGCUUCCAGCACUAGUUACAGCUGUUGAGGAUGAACCAAUGAAGUCAGUUGCGUGUGGGUGGAGGCACACCAUUGCAGUUGCUGUUUCGGGGCGACUUUACACUUUUGGCUGGAGCAAAUAUGGACAGCUAGGGCAUGGAGAUUACCGCGACCACCUCGUCCCUCAUAUUGUGGAUGCACUUACUGAUUUUAUAAUAUCAGAGGCUGCAGGGGGAUGGCGCCAUACAGUUGGUCUGACUUCGGAAGGAAAAGUGUACGCCUGGGGAUGGAACCGGUUUGGGCAGAUAGGGAUUGGCAAUAAUAUAGACCAGUGUAGUCCACAGUUGAUCCAAUCUCUGGCAGACAUGAGAGUGGCUACUGUAUGUUGCGGCUGGAGACACACAGUGGCCAUUACCGAAGAUGGCAAUGUCUUCUCUUGGGGACGAGGAACAAGUGGACAGCUUGGCCAUGGGGACUUGUGUGACAGGAGUAGUCCCAAGAUGAUCGAAGCUUUGAGUAAAGACGGUGAAGCCUGUGAAACAAUCGGCAAAUCCAACCACUCACGGAUCGGAGGAGCUGCUCCGUGGAUUGCACCGUCAGAGCGCUACGCAGUGGUACCAGACGAAUCCGUAGACCAGGUGCUGCUGUCCUCUAUUUGUGGGACAUAUGGUACUGUUCCGGAAUCAGACGUGAAGCGGCAGAAAACUGUGUAAUGAAUGCAGUCUUCCCCAAUAUGCUAUUUCUGGGACAUAUGGUACUGUCCCUGAAUCAGACAUGAAGCGCCAGAAAACGGUGUAAUGAAGGCAUUCUUCGCAAAUAUGCCUGGGUUAGCUCAGCUGGCUCCAUGAAGACAUGCGAGUGAUGAAACAUCAAUUGGGUCUCAUGCCGCUUGAUGUACAGUUCUUCUGUAUGUCACUAUUGUCACAUCAUUUGUGUUCCUUGCUGCUGUUUACUUUCUAUGGCCACCUUCUUAUCCUGAGUGAUGUGCAGCAUUACGUGCACAUCUCAUCCGAUUCAGUUCUUUCAUUACAUUUCAUCAAUGGAGAGAGAGAGAGAGAGAGAGAGAGAGAGAGAGAGAGAGAGAGAGAGAGAGAGAGAGAGAGAGAUUGCCCAUAUGUUCCUCCCUCCUUCCUCUUUUGCGAGCGCAUAAUCGUCCAAAUGUGGCGGCAGAGAUCUGUCUGACUUGCUGUUCUGUUAGCAUCAUGGCCGACAUAGUGCAUCAAAGCAUAUAUAUCCUUACAGCAGAAAAAUGGAAGAGUGAAAUCUAUUUCGAUACAGCCAGGGUUGCAUAGCUGCCGACCGCCGAUCCCGACCGCCGACCGUUUUGCAGCCAACCAGUUGGGGCGGAUCGGUCGGCGAUCUGCCGACCGGUCAGAAAACGGUCAUCAACUGAUUUUUUUUUCAAUCUGAGUUGGGGCCUGUACUGCGCUUGCUGAG